GCAGCCCCGGCCGCCAGUCCGCCAGCGAGCGCCGCGCCGGCCGCCCGUCGCCGCCUUCUGACACCCUGUAUCAGUGACUGCGCGUGUGUGUGUCCGAACCCGAGUGUCAUACACCCCCGGACCACUGCUGGCGAGGUCUCCUGUACCUGUUGCGUUUGUUUAUAUAUGUGAAAACAACAAUAUUCGCGAGCGAGUGAGAAGAGAAAUGUGUUUCAACAAGUAUCUGAUCAAACUGGCGGAUUAUUUCCGAUUACACGCACAGUCGGACUAGAGAGCCAUUGAACAAUUACAAGCUCGAAAUGAUCUACAACAGCAAAAUUGUGUUUACAAAACUGUUAUUGUGCAUUUGUGUGUGCGGAGCUCGAGGCCGGUCGUGGGCGAACCACCAUGACACGACGACUUCCACCACGCCGGCGCCCACCACCACCACGCCCGCGCCCAAGAACUUCCACAAUGACCCCCUCAUCGUCGAGACCAAGAGCGGCCUCGUCAAGGGCUACGCCAAGACCGUGAUGGGACGCGAGGUGCACAUAUUCACCGGCAUCCCCUUCGCCAAGCCGCCCCUCGGCCCGCUGCGCUUCCGCAAACCCGUCCCCAUCGAGCCCUGGCACGGCGUGCUCGAGGCCACCGCCAUGCCCAACAGCUGCUACCAAGAGCGGUACGAGUACUUCCCCGGCUUCGAGGGCGAGGAAAUGUGGAACCCCAACACAAACAUAUCGGAGGACUGCCUCUAUUUGAACAUAUGGGUGCCGCAGCACUUGCGCGUUCGUCACCAUCAGGACAAGCCAUUAACAGAGCGGCCCAAGGUUCCGAUACUAGUGUGGAUUUACGGCGGCGGUUACAUGAGUGGCACGGCAACACUUGAUCUAUAUAAAGCCGACAUAAUGGCGUCUUCGAGUGAUGUGAUCGUAGCCUCGAUGCAGUAUAGGGUUGGCGCGUUUGGAUUUUUGUACCUUAACAAAUACUUUUCACCUGGUAGCGAGGAAGCGGCGGGGAAUAUGGGCUUGUGGGAUCAGCAGCUAGCUAUUCGUUGGAUAAAAGAUAACGCCCGAGCGUUUGGAGGUGACCCUGAACUUAUAACAUUGUUUGGGGAGUCGGCGGGGGGUGGGAGCGUGAGUCUACACAUGUUGUCUCCAGAAAUGAAAGGACUUUUCAAGAGAGGAAUCUUGCAAUCGGGUACAUUGAAUGCACCGUGGAGUUGGAUGACAGGAGAGAGGGCGCAGGACAUUGGGAAAGUUCUGGUGGAUGACUGCAACUGCAACAGUAGCCUGUUGGCAGUGGACCCGAGCCUCGUGAUGGACUGCAUGAGGGGAGUGGAUGCGAAGACCAUCUCCGUCCAGCAGUGGAACUCUUAUACUGGAAUACUAGGCUUUCCAUCAGCUCCGACGGUUGAUGGUGUCUUUCUGCCUAAAGACCCAGACACGAUGAUGAAAGAAGGCAGUUUCCACAACACCGAAGUUCUUCUUGGAAGCAAUCAAGAUGAAGGCACCUAUUUCCUGCUGUACGACUUCCUGGAUUACUUCGAGAAGGAUGGACCUAGUUUCCUGCAGCGAGAGAAGUUUCUGGAAAUUGUCGACACCAUCUUUAAAGAGUUUUCCAAGAUCAAGCGGGAAGCUAUUGUCUUUCAGUACACGGACUGGGAGGAGAUCACGGACGGCUACCUGAACCAGAAGAUGAUCGCCGACAUCGUGGGCGACUACUUCUUCGUGUGUCCCACCAACUACUUCGCUGAAGUCCUGGCUGAUUCCGGCGUCGAUGUUUACUACUACUACUUUACUCAUCGCACCAGCACCAGCCUGUGGGGCGAGUGGAUGGGCGUGAUGCACGGCGACGAGAUGGAGUACGUGUUCGGGCACCCGCUGAACAUGUCUCUUCAGUACCACACCCGGGAGCGGGACCUGGCCGCGCAUAUCAUGCAGUCUUUCACGCGGUUCGCUCUUACUGGCAAGCCCCACAAGCCCGAAGAAAAAUGGCCAGUUUACUCGCGCGCGUCGCCCCACUACUACACGUACUCGGCGGACGCGGCCAGCGGCCCGGCGCCCCCGCGCGGCCCCCGCGCCUCCGCCUGCGCCUUCUGGAACCACUUCCUCAACAAACUCAAUGAACUGGAGCAUGUGCCAUGCGACGGAGCGGUGACCGGGCCCUACAGCAGCAUGGCGGGCAAGAGUCUGCCCAUAGUGCUGCUCACUGCCCUCGCCACCACGGCUGCACUUUAAAUAUAGAAUAUACUCUAUGGUUCCGAAGAAAAAAGAAGACGGAGAUAGACACAUUCUUUUGUUUUUAAAAACAGUUUCUGAGUAUUGGGUAGUGUGACCUCUUUACGUGGAGAGUUGGUUACUGGCUGUUAAAGUAUGUUCGAGGCAGGUUACAAGUGUUACAACUCUCGAAGUUGUUACAAACCUUGAUGGACUAUGCGAAUUGAAGGAAUUAAUGUUACAAGUUGCAACGUUUAAUGUAAAGGGGUGUGAAAAUCGGUUCGUCAGCCUAAAAUUGAAAAUGUGAUUAGAUCGAUAGUUUAGCCAGAAAUAUUUGUCAAGUAUACAAAUUGUAGGUCUAUGUAUUAGAUGUUGAAAUUUAAUCUCAAUUUUACACGUGAACAUAUUUUUUAGGUGUUGUAUGUUGAACAUUUAUUUUAUAGGUGUGUAAAUAGAGACAAAAUAUGUAAUUUAUUUAUAUUUAGAUGUUUUAAUAAAAUUUUGUUAAUCCUGGAAUACUAACAUAAUUACUACUUAUCGUCGUGGAAGGAUCCUUAUAAUAAAGUAGAAGAUGACAGCCUGAAAAGUUGUACAGUCUGGGACGAGAAGUCUGACCCCUCAAAUGCAGAAUUAUCACACUGGGUCAGGUUUUUUUCCUCAGACUGUAUCACCUAUUAGGUCUAUAUUAAUAGUUGAACAGAUAGGUAUUUACGCAUCAAUUUUAGAAGUAGACAGAAAUAUCAGAAGUACCUAGCCACUUUGAAGUACCUAGUUAUUGAUUGAAGAAUCGAAAAGUUAAAGAUCCAGACUAUGUAAAGUAAUGUUCCACUAUACGGUAACUAUAAAUAGUCGAAUGUGUUUAUAUGUUUAAAGGAUUGAUGAAGAAGUGGAAAUGAUAAAAUUUCCAUCUUCUGAGUUCUAUAGCAGAUAUAAUUAGGAAUGUUAUGACCAUUAUUUAAUGAAACGGACACAUAUCAAAUUGCAAAGAUAACAAAAUUAAUCGUAAGCUAUGAUGUCUUUUAUAUUUGUAUGAAUAUUAUAGAAAAAUAGAAAUAAUUUUACCUAUUUGAUGUUUAAAUGUUGUACUAUAGUUUCAAAAUUGUUUUCUAGUUACGAAAUAAUUUACGUAGUGAAGGAAAUUACAGUUUUGUUUCGUGUUUGAUGUUAAUAGAAAUAAUUAAUAAAUUUAGAAAAGUUUGAUAAAACAAAAUUAAUAUAAAAGCCUGUGUAUAAAAUAUGUGGUAUAUUUAAUAUAUAAAACAUUUAAUAUAUAAAUCAGUAGACUGUGUCGGCUUUGUUUGUAAAAGCUCUGCUUUUCACGAAGACGUCUGUUAAAUUCACGAGACAUAUCAACCUGUGCCUCUACUGCUUUUAUAGCAUUCGAACAUAUCCUUAUUGUAGUUACAAUUAAAGUAUAUUUUAGGAUAAAGUUUAUAAUGUAAUGCGUCCACUAAGCGAUCAACAUGUAUGUGUAUGUAUAUCAAUGUAUGUGAUUUUAGAUGCUACUAAAUGUUUCGUACCACUUAAAGAUCUUAUGAACUCAAAAUUCUUAUGACUUUUAAAAGAUAAUAGGCGAUUUGUAAAUAACUCUAUGAUUGUUAGGACACAAUUUUAACACUUAUGUAGUAAAUGAUGUUUGUAUUAAUGAUGCUACGUGCAAUAUAUGAUAUUCCGAUUUAUGUGUACUGGUUUGUUUCCCAAGCUCGGAAUCUCGGAUGAUAGUUUUAACUACUUGUAAGUAGGUACGUACCUAUUUAAUAUGACUUUCUUGUUUACGUGUUUUUUAUAAUAUCCCCCUUGUUCAUAGAACUUACUAAGAGUUUGUAAUUCGGCGCAAAACACUAGAAUUUGCAAUCAUUUCGUCAGUAAACUUUUACUCGGGUCGGGCACCAAUUCAAAUACUUUAUAUAAAUGUGGUUAAAUGUAUGUAAGUACCUUAAUUUUGACACCAACAUAAAAUAUUUAAAUUCACACCCACAAAGUGACUAUAAUAACUAUAUCACGUGUAGUGUUUAAUCUUUCUGUUUAUACAUAGUAAUCUAUGGUUUAGUCGUUCUUACUGAAACUGGGACGAUAUCUAUCAUUGGUUACCUUUAUUUUUAAACUCUAUCAACGUUCUCAAAGUGAAGUGUGAAUUUCAUUAUACUUACUGCAUAAUAGCUACCUUAUUAUUAAUUCUGAACUCAAAUAAAUGAUACCUUAUUUCAUUUAAAUUUAAGAAUACUUUGAUCUACUUUCAGCUGUUUCUAAAUAACAAUUUUUGGGACUACACUGCAAUGUUUACUAAUGUAUCAUUAAUUAUGUUGUUUGUUUUACCGGCUGUUCUUGCAAAUACAGUUCAUAUUUAUUUAUUUAUUUAUUUUAGUUAUUAUCAACAAUUACUCGUAAUAAAUCUCUACAUAACUCCACCAUAAAACUGUAGCUUAAUAAGGCUUUAAUGAACAUUGUCUUAUGAAUUAUAUCAAUUUAUAUACUUAUAUUUUAUAACAAAAUGUACCUACUCUUUUAGGGCUAUUUAGCGAUUAUCUAUAGAAAAUAUACUUAGCUUUUAGGUAGAAUUGAAUGUCAAUUAAUAUCUAUGCAAGCUCUGGAAAGUGAACGCUCUGUCUGUCUCAUCAGCAGCCCGCCUGGUCGAUACCUACUUGUCUAAAGAUUUAAAAAAAUAAUAAGUACAUAAAACCAAUGCCUCCCGGAAGGAAUAAGGAAGGACUACCUAUGCAUCCGGAACAUAAUCUACGUUUCCCUAAAAUUCUGUAAUUUUGUAUAGCAGCAAAACUUACGUUGUGACGACGGGAGUUUUUGUUUUACGAGAAUGUAUUUAUUGAUAUUUUUUUUUAUGUUUGUCACUGACCUCAUAAAACUGGUUCAAAUAAAUAAACUCCUACAGACAUGUUUUCGAAAUUACCCUUCCAAACGAUGGAUCAAGAUGGGCACUUUCGAUCUUUCGGAAGCGAUCUUUCACGAAAGGGUAAUUCGGAAACCGAGGCUCACUAUGAGACAGGCAGAGGUGGAGUAAAAGGGGGAGCAGCGAGCUUUUACAAUAAUUUGCCGCUGUGGCUACAGUGCACUUAGUGAAUCACAAUAAUGUAGUGAGACAGAAUAAUCGGUAGAUAAUGUAUAAAUUAAGUAUCGUUUAAAACAUAUUACUUGCACACUUACGUUACUGUUUCUGUAAAGCUUCAAAUUGAUGUUAUUGUACAAAGAGACGAAUAGAUCUACACCUGCUUUCAGUUAAAAUAAAAACAGCACCAUAUUGAAAAUUUGUAUGGGAUAGCUUUAAUUAGUUAAAGAUUAGAUGUAAUUUUUUUAAUAAGGUCACUAUGUGGAAUAAAUAACUUUAAUAUUGUUUUUAUCUGUAACCAUUAAUUCCUUGUUUGAUAUUUAAUGUGGACAUUAAAAAUAUGAUUUAACAUAAAAAUUCUACGAAUUUAAACUAUGAAUUGUGUCUAAGAAAAUAUUUUUGAUGAGAAUUGAUUGUAGAGUUCUGUCAUUUAAUUUUUUUCACACAAUAAGACUAUGCUUAUACUUCAUAUACAUACCUUUAGAGGGGUCUUAAAAACUUAUAAAAUAUAUAAUAUAACCACACCUCUUUCAUAGGAUUUCCAUAAUUUUUCAUUUUAUAUUUUUUAUUUUCCGUGGCAUUUUUAUCAGUUAUUAAGAGACUAACAUUUAUUUGCUUCCUCUACCUUUCGAGACCUUCAGUUUAGUCUGGUUUAUUGCUGAAUUUGAAUAAUCAUAAAUAAGAAUAUAAUAAAAAUAAAUACAGGACCUUCAAAGACUAUAUUUUUGUCUAUUAUAACCUACUUACUAGAAUAAGGUAAUCUUUCAGAAUCAUACCAACACAGUACCGUGUACCAUUAUUACCAUCACAUCACAAAUAAAUAGCAACAUAAUAUAUUAUUUAUAUGUCUCGAGAUUAAACUCUCGUAUAAAGUUUUAAUAAAAUAAAAAUAUAAACAGAAGCCAAUUAUUUAAAUAAUUUUACAAUCAAUAUUUAAGUACCAUGAUUGAUGACCUAAUUAAUACCUACUUAUAAAAAAUAGGCUGGAUAUCCAGUCAUACCUAGAUUAAAGGAUAUAUACAGAGACAAAUUGCACAAUAACCCAAUACUAUCAUAUUAAAAACACGCACUCACGCCUUGUACUAAUGUACUCCCUUUAUAUUAUUUUAUUUGUAUUCAUUUAACUGGCACUUUCAAUAACUCUAUCUACCGAUGGCUGGUAGUUCCUUCAUACUAUUCUGACAGGUUGUAACUUUUAAUGUGUCAGAAUGGUAUGAAAGUAACUACCAGACAUCGGUAGAUAGAGUUAAUGAAACUGACAGUGAAUAUGUAACGUAUUCAAUCCUAGAUAAACCAAAUUGUCUCCUAAGUUACCUAAGUACAUCUAAAGUUGUUGCAUACCAAGGAGAUAAAAAAAAACGAAUUAAACUUCUGAUGAAACAAAUUGGGUCAUUAUAGUUCCUGUGUUAUUCAUCAUUAUUUAAGUUUUGUUUUAAAUUAAAAGCAUAUUAUCAUACUUUAAGUACUAGACAUCUCUAUUUUUUAACAUUUUAAAUAAAAUUGACAAUCGUCCUUAAUUAUUGAUCGAAAUAAAAUGAUGGUAAAAUUUGUCGAUGCGAUGUUCGCGUUAUAUUGACAGUUACUGUAAAAAAACCUUCAUUUUCUGACGUUGUAUUAAAUGUGUAGACUCAUAAAGAGAUCUUCGUAUAAUUAUUGUUUAAUAGAAAUUGAAUGUUCGGUGUUGUAUUCAAUAGUAAUGCUUUUACACAUACUAGGCAAAGAGGGGGAUUCCUAAUACACUUACACAAUUAUAUGCCAGUCCAUUUUUUCACAAGUUCAGUGUGAGCUGUAGGUACAAUGUAUAUUCACCAGUUACCUAUAAAUCUUAUUACGUUUAUGCCACGUUACUCAUAAAAAUGAGACUUUCACUAAAAUAACCAAGUACCUAUUAUUUAACUAUUAGACCUGAGUUCAAUUUAGGUGGUCUAGUACCAAACAUUUAAAAUGUGUUUAAAUCUAUUUCUGUCUUGCUCAUACAAUAUACAAAUUGUCAAAGCAAGCAAGCAAUAGAUGUGAUUUCAAAUGUUUGGUAAAUCAAAUCACACUAUAGCUGUCUGAAUAUCAAGUACAAGUGUAUGGGAUCGGUGGAUAGUCUAGUGAAACCCGAACAACUUAGGUCCGCUUUACAAAUUAGGUGCUAAAAUGUAUACAAUGUUAAACUUUUUCACUAAAUGUACCUAUUCUAUAUCGAGUGCAGUUUUGUUUAAAUUGUAAAAUAAAUUGAAAUGCGGUUGACGUCGACAAUAUCUUUAUAACAUUUAUUUUUUAAUUACUAACUGGAUGCGUCGGAUGCUCAAACGCUUUUCUUAAUAUAACAUAUAAAAGUAUAGUUAAUAAUUAUAGUAAAUAAUAUUUAUUUAGUGAAGCACGCCAUGCGCAUUUUAGUCACGAAAGAUAGGAUAAAAAAAUGUUAAGAUAAGUAUCUCAUGUUUCUAAAAACCUGUGUUAGGAUGUCUGUGUAUUUAUUUUGCAAAGGACUAGUUUUAGGGGACUUAUUCAUAUUUAGGUUAAUUUAUAAUAUUUGUUUGUACAGCUGCACUGAAAAUAUUACAAAACACUCUAUAGAAAGUUUAUUUUCACUGUUAGGCAAUAGUUAUAAUAACAUUAUAAACUUACAUUGCUUUGGAAUCAAGUAUCUUUAUUCUAAAAAGUCAUUAAAAAUAAAUUAUGUAAA